AUGGUUAGCUCUGGAGCUAGUGUUCUUCUGCACCACAGGCAUUUCUGGAAGGAGCUGGACCAUGAUGGAAGCGGGAAGGCUGAUUUCACUGAGUUUCUUCCAUGGUGGCUGAAGUACUUCCACAACAAGGAGGGUCGCAAGAUGCUGGUGAAGCCAUUCGAGGACUUCUACCGGAAUGUGCGCAACCUGAAAAAUCCAGAUCCGCCACCAUACAGGGAAGGCAAAAAGGUGGUGCUGGGGCCCUGGCAGCUAAAAAGUUUAUAG